UCAAGAUGGCUGAGAAGAGUUUUGCCGAGUCAAGAUAUGACUGAUCACUAUUUUUCUCUGAAACAACUGUAAACGUGUAACCUGUUUCCUUGCGUCGCAAUUUUGAGUUUUUGCCUGGAGAAAGUGAAAUCGGCUAAGAAUUAACAUACCACACCAAAAGAAAAGGACAGGAGAAGGCCAUAGUGAAUAAAGUACCCUCGUACAGCAGCCGUAGACGAUGAACCACAGAGACUUUGGUCCGGAGGAGGAUGACUUCAGUGAUGUCAACUACCUUACUGAAGAGAAGGUGUGCGAGAUCCUGGAAGUCUGUGAGGAGAAAAAAGAUUACACUCCUUUGGUUCGGGCCGUGGGUAAAGUUUUUACUUAUUCCGAGUGCCUGAUGCGAAGCUUCCGCAAGGUCAAGUCAGAGGCCCCAAAGAAGGUAAAGUCAGAACAAACCACAAGAAAGAGUGAGAGCAAUCAAGGAGCUUCAUCCACUUCUACUGCUGCUUCCAAAACACCAGUUGGCAAAGAAGCAGAGAAGAAGGAUGACAAAAGCAGUGACAACAAAAGUGAGGAUGGUGAUAGUGAGGACGACGAUGAUGAAGAGGUGACAGUUGAUAUUGACGGUGUAAGAAGAGUAUAUAACAAAAUACUGACACAUGAGCGAGUCGAGUCUGCCAUUAUCAACGCUCUGGUGUGCAUGUUGCCAAAUGUGGAGUGUGAGCUGACCUAUCAUGAUGCAUAUUCAUUUGACCACAACUACCUCAACAUAUUUGUGAUACUCAUGGAGAACACCAACCUUCACAGUCCAGAGUACCUCGAAUCUGCACUACCUCUCAUCUGCAAAGCCAUGAGUAAACUCUCCCUCCCCGGACAAGCCCGGCUGGCCCGCUUGUGGUCCGGCUUUGGCACGGAGCACCUGAUCCGAAUACUCGAGACAUUUCAACAGGUCAUCACCUACACAGUCAUCUGCAACGACUUUGACAAUGACAACUUGGUCAACGACGACGACACAGUGGCCAGUGCUGCCAAGUGUCUAAAGAUGGUCUACUUUGCUAAUAUUUUGGCUGGCGAGCUGGAUAUGCACCUGAACGAGGAAGAGGACGACCUGCUGAUAGACACAAACGACCUGACGCUGCAAGAGUUGCUGGGUGACGAGGAACGAAGUCCCAGGGGCCCCAGGAUAGACCCGCUGGAGAUAGAGCUGGGUGUCCGGGUGUCUGACUGCCGGUGCCCCCUCAUACCCUUUGAGGAGUUCAUUAACGAGCCUGUGAACGAGGUGGUUGAAAUGGACAAGGACUAUGUGUUCUACAAGGUCAACACAGAGAGCAAGUUUGCCUUCAUGACCUGUCCCUUCAUCCUCAACGCUGUCACCAAGAGCCAGGGACUGUACUACGACAACAGGAUUCGAAUGUACAGUGAACGAAGACUGCAGGCACUCUACAAUACAGUGGAGGGACAGCAAGUUAACCCUUACUUCAAACUGAAAGUUCGCAGAGACCAUCUCAUCGACGAUGCCCUGAUGAGGCUUGACAUGAUUGCUGAAGAGAACCCAUCAGAUCUGAAGAAACAGCUUUAUGUGGAAUUUGAAGGGGAGCAAGGACUGGAUGAAGGAGGGGUGUCAAAAGAGUUUUUUCAGCUCGUUGUUGAGGAGAUCUUCAACAUAGAUAUUGGCAUGUUCACCUAUGACGAGAGCACCAGGCUUUUUUGGUUUAACCCAUCUUCACUAGAAAAUGAGGGCCAAUACACGCUGAUAGGCAUUGUCCUGGGGCUGGCCAUAUACAACAACUGCAUCUUGGAUGUCCACUUUCCCAUGGUGGUCUACAGGAAACUGAUGGGCAAGAAGGGGACCCUUCUGGACCUAGCUGACUCGCAUCCGGCUCUACAUCAAAGUCUGAAAAAUAUUCUGUGCCAUGAAGGUGAUGUGGAGAAAGACAUGAUGCUCACCUUCCAAAUAUCACAAACUGAUCUAUUUGGAAAUCCUGUAACGCAUGAUUUGAAAGAGAAGGGAGAUGAGAUCCCGGUCACCAAUGACAACAGAGGGGAGUUUGUGUCUCUGUAUGCCGAUUACAUACUGAAUCAGAGUGUGGAUGUGCAGUUCAAGGCUUUCAGACGCGGAUUUCACAUGGUGACAAACGAGUCUCCGCUGAAGUAUCUGUUCCGGGCUGAUGAGAUCGAGCUACUCAUCUGUGGAACUAGGAGCCUGGACUUCUAUGCACUUGAACAAAACGCAGAGUAUGAUGGAGGAUUCUCCAAAGAGACUCAAGUUGUUAAAGAUUUCUGGGAGGUUUUGCACUCUUUCGGAGAAGACCAAAAGAAGCUUUUUCUCCAGUUCACCACUGGUACUAAUCGAGCUCCUGUGGGCGGCCUUGGGAAACUGAAAAUGAUCAUUGCAAAAAACGGCAGUGAUUCAGAAAGGUUACCUACAUCCCACACUUGCUUUAAUGCCCUGUUGCUUCCAGAAUAUACUUCCAAAGACACGCUUCGAGAGAGACUCCUCAAAGCCAUCACUUACGCCAAAGGUUUUGGCAUGCUGUAACGCUUACCAAUACGUGCUAAAUUUCUAUACUAACUGUGAACAAAAAAUAAACAUUUUAGCAAAGAUAUUGUUUUUUUUUAGAAGUUUAGAAGUGACAUGAUGCUUUGCCAGUCAUAUACAGUAUUGCAGGGGUGUCAAACUCAUUUCGGUUCAGGGGCCACAUACAGUCAUUAUUGACAGGGAGGUCACACCUCCACAGCAACAUCAGCUGAUUUUAAAGCACGUCACUCAUCAACAUCACAGUGACCCUCUGAUGAAGACGGAAGUAACACAGUUGAAACAUGUCAGGUAAAAGAUUAAAACUUUUACAUGUCUUAAGGCAAAAGAAAAUCUAAAGUGUUGACAUACAGUCAGUUUGAUCUCAAAUGGGCCGGACUAAUAACAUAAUUGCAAAAUAUCACAAAUUUCUGUUUCAUAUCAUCAUUGCAUUGCUAGUCAAUCAUCUCGACGUGGAUGUCAGCGGGUUUAUCAGGACCAUUGACUGUAAAUGCCAAGCCAAAAAACGCAAAUUUGUUCUCAAGUAUUGAAAAUCUGAAAUCUCAGAACUUUUGUAAUGGGCUAUAGAUAUACUUCUUUUUUGAUAUUCUUCCUCUUAUUUUGUAAUCUCUACAUGUCUGGGGUCAUACUAAACCAUCUGGCCAGCCUAAUGUGUUGACAUCCCUGGUAUAUUGCCUUCCUCUUUUCAAGGCUCAUUCAGGAAUGAUUGCGCUAUUAUAGUAUAUGUGAUGCAUUUCUUAUCAUGUUGUUACCUAUUUGUAAUAUUGCUUUGAAUUUUAUUGUGCUUUUCUUGAAAUACGUUAUAUGCAUUGCAUUGAUGACAAAUGAAUGUGAAAUAAUGCCUUACUUUAAAAAUGUGAUAGAAUGAAAUCAAUGCAGGCAUGAAGUGAAUGCUCUCCUUUAGGGGUUAUGUCAAAUGCUGCUGGCUUAAUGACAUAAUGUACUGUAUCUUUUAGGAAAAGUUGUGUUUGGUUCACUGUGUAGCAGUAUAGAGAAACAGUUUUAUUACUUUUUUUUAGUAAAGUUGGUUACAUUUGGUUUAAAAAUUGAACUGUGCUUUUAUCACAGUUUUGAGAAGUGUUUUUGUAAGUUUACUCAGGAUAUCUCCAAAUGCCAUUUUCUAGAUUCUUCUAUAUUUUGCUGCUUUGGGCUUAAAGGUAAUGUUUUUAGUAGUUUACUUGAAGAAUUCAUGCUGCCCAUUCACAAACGUUAUCUUUUUCACGAGUAUUUUCCACCACCAUCAAUUUCGAAGUAUUCAUUUUGACUUGAAAAAUGUAUUUUUUCAUACAUAAAAUCGAUCUUCUACGUGUAAUAGACAUCUUUAGCUGCAAAACUAGCUGUACUUUGGUCAGACCAGUAAAUAUGAAUGUAUCACUUAGUAAAUAUUCAUGAAAAGAUCACAUUUGGAAUAGGCAGCACAGUUGCAAUGAGCAGCACAGUUGCAAUACCUACUCUGUCCAUAAUCCUACAUACUGUACCUUAACACAACAAAACAGUUAGACUGUUGGCUUCUGUUGUUUUUUUUGUUUCCCUUCCUGGUCCUGCAUACUCUAUGUUUAAAGUAUUUACUGCGUACUUACUAAAUCCCCUUCCUGUUCAGACGGUCCAUGUUAAACACAAUGCACUUGAGGCGCGAAGAAGAGUUGAGUGUUAGUCAUAAACUGGUUGUGAUGCAUGUAAUUACACAUUUCAGCAGCUAUGAGUUUAAAUGUCAUUGUCAAUUAUUACGUGUAAUGAUGAACACACAUGAACCUACGGGCCAUUAUACUUUCAAACCAACACAAGUACAAGUCCAGUGGCGGACAUAGGGAUUUUUGUUCAUUGUUACAUUAAAAUGCCAAUGCUUGUUUUGGUGCUGAAAUGGCAUGUGAAAUAUAUGGUGCAGUUAUUACAAAUCAUUAGUGGAGGGCUGAUGUUCAAGAUGUUGAUUUGUGGUUGAGCAUCUUUGAAAUACAAGUGACCUAAACAAAUCCUGAGUCUUGAUUGUUUUUUGUUUC